AUGGGUUCUUGCAGUGCAGUGCGCCUGAAGACUCGUUUCAACCAGCAUCUCAGUAAUCAGGAUUUUGCCUUGGAUGAAGACGAUGAUGAUGAGAUGGAGAGAACAAGCAAACUAUCAUCAGAGGACAGUGAAGAAACUCCUGCUUACUUCUAUGAUAGUGAUGAUUCUGGUGAAACUGGAAUAACUCCUCAGCAUCAAGGAGAAAUGGACUUGCUUGGGGAGAUUUUGGACACACUGAGCACACACAGUUCAGAUCAAGGAAAGCUCUCGGGAGCAAAGAGCCUGGAUUUCUUCAAAUCAAUGGAUGACAUUGAGUACAAGACUGCGAACAAGUCAAAUGCACCUAGUGAGAGCAACCUUACGUUGCUCUGCAGCAGUGCUAACGAUCAAGCUGAGUGGAACCUUGGUCAGGAUGACAGCGUCCUCCAUGGGAAGCAGCUCCCUCCAUCUCCAAGGAAGCAGGUUACUUCUGGUGGCCAUAGAGAAUCUCUCUCAAGGCUGGAAGAAGAAAGCAGUGAAAAAACCUUUAUUACUGAUAAGGCGGACACCACUAGUACGACAUCCCUAUCUCCAGUACAAUCAAGUGCCCAGUUUGCUUCUCUAGAAAGUUUCAAAGCAGGAUAUUCUUCCUCUAAGUAUGCAAAGCGGAAUGAAACACUAAGCAAUACCUCAGAAGAUCAGCUCCCAACGAGUCUUGCUCAACAUCCAUCCAUUCUGGUCCCUUGGGAGAAAGAUGGGAAGGAAAGAAAUGAAACUCCGGAAGAGGGUGGGCUUCUUCAAGAAGUGGUGUCACUAUGUAAACUGAGUUCUGCUUUUCACUAUGGUUUAAAUAUUUCAAAGGAUAACUUAUCCAGCAGUAGCAGUGGAAAUAAAACGUAAGAAAGCUAUGAGAAGAGAAACUUGACUCCCAUCAGAAGUUAAAGGGAGACUACUCAGGACUCCAUAUAACUCCAUAUAACAUGGUAACCAAAAGAUGAAAAAGGAAUGAGAGAUCUUCAAUUAUAAAAAUAAUUCUCUUCAGUUGAGUAUGCAUUUUCUGCCAUUGGGACACCUGCUUCUAUGUUUACCCAGUUCAUUUGUUGGCUGUAGUUAGGUCCACAAAAUGGAACUAAAUAUAUGAAUGCACUCUUAAAUCAGGUACUAGUUAGUCUCUGUGUUAAAAAUACAGCAGGUAUAUGGUGCUUCCUAGCAUUUGCUUCCUCUAAGCAGCAGGAGAGUUAUCACAUAAUAGGUAACCAGGUUUUGAAGGUACUAUAUUAAUUCUAUUAAGCAUGAAAUGAACUGAGCGAUCUGAUUUGUCUGAAAUGUACAAUUGUUAAUAUUCAUAAUGAAUAAUAGUUGCCUUAAUCUUUUGAGAAGAGGUUUAACUAUCUUAGAAGAUGAAUGCAAAUCUACAAAACAGCAAUAAUGAUUUUCCAUGGCAAGAAUUUGCUUCAGCAAAUGGGGGGAGGGAGGAAAUCUUUUUUUUAGAUUAAGGAACUUGUUGUGAAUAUAACUUGGAACUUAUUCCAAACUAAAACUGAGGCUCUGUCUUCCAGACUUCGAAAAAAUAGCGCAUGCUUUUCUCUCUUCUGUAAAGUACAUGAAGCGCUGAAUUAUAAUGUGACAUUUAUUAACUUCUGUUUACAACUAAGACACUUUAAAGACGUAUUAUCCGGUUUCGCUAGGUAGACUAUUUCACCUAAAAUUUUUCAGAAAGGAAAGUGUAAGUGGAAUUGAUAGAUUUCUGUUAUUUUUUAUUUUCUACAGUUUAAUAGUGUUUGAAAAUUAAUUUGUGCCUCUUCUGAACUAUUUUCUUUCCAUUUUUAGUGGCUACCCUUUUGAAGGUAGAUUGAAUUACUCUUAUUAGAAGUCAUAUUUAGUUAAAUUAUUAGAGUCAUGACUGAAAAUUACUUGUAACGCUAGAAAGCUGAAAUUACAGAUUCAGCUUAAAAUUGCGUAUAUCCAACUCUCAUUUUAGCUAAGUUGAACAACCAAAAAUUACUUUCUAAAUUCAGUGAAGGAGGAUAAAUGGACUUGAUGUGUAUUGUAUUAAAAGAAGCGUUUGUCCUCCUUUUGGCAGCAUUCCUAAGGUAUAUUUGGAUAUUUAAAGUCUGAAAAUUCUUGCUGCUACGUGGAGCAGCUGUUUCCUUUUUUACUAUUUUUGAAUUUUUUUCCCCUCUUCUUUUUCCACCUCUCCACCUUACCAUACCUACAUUGUCCUGCACAGGACAGAAAAGGCAUGAAGUUUCAGCAGAUAGGAAUUGUCAGCUUUGAAGGGUAUCUGAGCUGCAGUUGGCAGAAGUAACACAUGGGUACAAAAUGAACUGUGCCUGAGAAGA